GGCUCAGCCUCCCAAAGUGCUGGGAUUACAAGUGUGAGCCACCGUGCCUGCUGGCCCCACUGUUUUAAACCCUGAUUCAACAGUCAUACAUUUAACUCAUUACCUGUCUUCUUCCUCUUAUGACAAACUCAAAGCUUUUAUUUUACUAAAGUAUUUGGACUAAUCUUUUGCUUUUCUAUCAUGUUCUGAAAUACGUACAAUAACAGAAUCGCUCAAAAUAUUAUCUCCGUUAAAUGUUUUGUAGCUUUAGGGAGAGGUCUAACAACAUGCGGGGAACAAGAAACCAAGCGCAUACAGGAUUCAUUCAUAAUCUCUCUCCCUGAGUAGAAGCCCGCAUCUCUCGAUAUUGUCUGGUUACCUGCAGGAAGUAUUCUGAAGUUCAAAGAGGACAUUCAUGUGCACUCUGGCUUCCAGUUGGCCAUCUGAGUAAGUGAUCGCAAUUAACUGAAGAGCGGCAGGGAAACACUUCCUGGAAUUCUCAUCCACAGACAAGUACAAACUGGGGCGGGGCCCAUUACCUUCACCUACGCGUCGGGAGGGUGGCGGUCUGGCGGGCUGGGCCGGGUUCGGGCCGUGACGCCGAGAGGUGCGGGGUGCACAGCUAGGAGCCUAGCGCCCCCGCCCGGGCCGGCCCCCAUUCCGCCCGCAUCCAGCCCGCAUCCCGCCGGGGAAGCGAGCCCAGUCCAGCGCUGCCCGUCCAGUAUUCGCCCAAGAUUUAAAGCCCGCAAGUUUUGUUCUUGAGACCAGCGACUUUCGCUCCGAUGCAAGAAGGAAAGCCGACCUCAGAUUUGGACAUUUAAAGAGCUGGGCUUGGACUUGGUGAAUUUCGCUCUAAACUGCCCUUGAAAUGAAGCUAGACUUGGAGGUGGCAUGGAAUGUUCACAUGGGAGAGCCACAUGAGGCUGCCCACCACGCUUCCUGAAGGAUGCCCGGGUGGAAGAAUUUUGAUGUGCCAGUGUCCUCGUUCUACAGGGUGUUCCAUUCUUUCACAAUCUCAGAAAAAUGGGAUUAAAAGAAACUAUUUUGUGAAAUAAAAAAACUGUUUUCCAUUUUUAAUGACCAACAUGUAUUAAGAUGGACACCUACUCUACGAAAUACGAAGUUCUAUGGUCCCGAAGAAGCCAGUGCCUAUCCUAAAUAAAAACAGACUUGAGUGGAUAUGAGAAUGUUGAUUAGUGGCAGAAGAGUCAAAAAAUGGCAGUUUAUUCAGUUAUUUGCAACUUGUUUUAUAGGGAGCCUCAUGUUUUUUUGGGAACCGAUCGAUAAUCACAUUGUGAGCCAUAUGAAGUCAUAUUCUUACAGAUACCUCAUAAAUAGCUAUGACUUUGUGAACGAUACCCUGUCUCUUAAGCACACCUCAGCGGGGCCUCGCUACCAGUACUUGAUUAACCACAAGGAAAAGUGUCAAGCUCAAGACGUCCUCCUUUUACUGUUUGUAAAAACCGCUCCUGAAAACUACGAUCGACGUUCCGCAAUUAGAAAGACGUGGGGCAAUGAGAAUUAUGUUCGGUCUCAGCUGAAUGCCAACAUCAAAACUCUGUUUGCCUUAGGAACUCCUAGUCCACUGGAGGGAGAAGAACUACAAAGAAAACUGGUUUGGGAAGAUCAAAUGUACAAUGAUGUAAUUCAGCAAGACUUUGUUGAUUCUUUCUACAAUCUUACUCUGAAAUUACUUAUGCAGUUCAGUUGGGCAAAUACCUAUUGUCCACAUGCCAAAUUUCUUAUGACUGCUGAUGAUGACAUAUUUAUUCACAUGCCAAAUCUGAUUGAAUACCUUCAAAGUUUAGAACAAAUUGGUGUUCAAGACUUUUGGAUUGGUCGUGUCCAUCGUGGUGCCCCUCCCAUUAGACAUAAAAGCAGCAAAUACUAUGUGUCCUAUGAAAUGUACCAGUGGCCAGCUUACCCUGACUAUACAGCUGGAGCUGCCUAUGUAAUCUCGGGUGAUGUAGCUGCCAAAGUCUAUGAGGCGUCACAGACACUUAAUUCUAGUCUUUACAUAGACGAUGUGUUCAUGGGCCUCUGUGCCAAUAAAAUAGGGAUAGUACCACAGUACCAUGUGUUUUUUUCUGGAGAGGGUAAAACUCCUUAUCAUCCCUGCAUCUACGAAAAAAUGAUGACAUCUCAUGGACAUUUACAAGAUCUCCAGGACCUUUGGAAGAAUGCUACAGAUCCUAAAGUAAAAACCAUUUCAAAAGGUUUUUUUGGUCAAAUAUACUGCAGAUUAAUGAAGAUAAUUCUCCUUUGUAAAAUUAGCUAUGUGGACACAUAUCCUUGUAGGGCUGCGUUUAUCUAAUAGUACUUGAAUGUUGUAUGUUUUCACUGUCAGUGAGUCAAACCUGGAUGAAAAAAAACCUUUAAAUGUUUGUCUAUACCCUAAGUAAAAUGAGCAUGAAAGACAAAUAUUUUGAAAGCCUAGUCCAUCAGAAUGUUUCUUUGAUUCUAGAAGCUGUUUAAUAUCACUUAUCUAUUUCAUUGCCUAAAUUCAUUUCAAAGAAUUCGUAUUUAGAAAAGGUUUAUAUUAUUAGUGAAAACAAAACUAAAGGGAAGUUCAAGUUCUCAUGUAAUGCCACAUAUAUACUUGAGGCGUAGAGACGUUAUUAAGAAGUCUUGAUGUUAGAAUAAUUGCUUUUGGAAAAUACCAAAUGAACGUGUAGUACAACAUUUCAAGGAAAUGAAUAUAUUGUUAGACCAGGUAAACAAGUUUAUUUUUGUUAAACAGCACUUGGUGGAGGUGGUAGGGGCAGGGAAACGUCAGCAUAGGAGAGAAAGUACAUGAAUCUGGUAAAAGAAAGUCUCUUGUUCUUACGAGGAGAUGUAGAAAAAUGUGUACAAUGUUAUUAUAAACAGACAAAUCACUUCUUACCACAUCCAUGUAGCUAUUGGUGAUAGAGUCAUUAAAAUACCUUUUUUUUUUUGGUAUCUUUUUUCAAAGUUUAAUGAGAACUUUGAGAAAAGUGAGUAAUGCUGCCCUAAUACUUUGUAUGUUUUUAAUGGAUUUUUUUUAAGUAUUAGAAAAUGACACAUAACAUGGGCAGUUGGUUGUUCAUAGGGUCCUUCCGUAGGGAGAAACCAUUGUUAAUUCAAAUAAGCUGAUUUUAAUGAAGUUUUCAACUGGUUUUUAAAUAUUCAAUAUUGAUCUGUGUUUAAGGUUGUUAUUUGAAUGUAGUUUACAUAGAGGAAUAUAAUAAUGGAGAGACUUCAAAUGGAAAGAGAGAACAUUACAAGCCAAAUUUAUCCAUAAUUUUAUAAAAUGAAAUCUUAGUGUCUAAAUCAUUGUACUGAUUACUAAAAUUAACCCACUCCUCCCCAACGAGGUCUUAUAAACCACAGCACUUUGUUCCGAGUUCAGAGUUUUAAAUUGAGAGCAUUAAACAUCAAAGUUAUAAUAUCUAAAACAAUUUAUUUUUCAUCAAAUAGCUGUCAGAGGUGAUCUUUAUUUUCUAAAUAAUUCAAACUUGAAAACAGUAAAAAAGUGAUGGAAAAGUUGCCAGUUUGGGGUUUAAACCAUUUUUAAAGCUGCAUGUUCCUUGUAAUCAGAGAGAUGUGUCUGAGAUCUAAUAAAGUAAGUUACAUUUAUUUUACAAAGCAGGAUAAAAAUGUGGCUAUAAUACACUACCUCCCUUCACUACAGAAAGAAUUAGGUGGUGUCUACUGCUAGGGAGAUUAUAUGAAGGCCAAAAUAAUGACUUCAGCAACAGUGGCUGAACUCACUCUAAGACCUUUGACAGCAGAGGCACCUGUUAGGGAAAAUAAGAUGUCUCAUAUAAUAAGGUAAUGUCUAAAAACAUGCAAAACAAAACUAAAAAAGAUUUAUCGGUAUACACAACUGGAUGAUGAUACUUAACAAUUUUUAGCAGGUAGCUUUUUAAUGUUUACAGAAAUUUUAAUUUUUUUCUAUUUUGAAAUUUGAGGCUUAUUUACAUUGCUUAGAUAAUUUAGUAUUUUUAACUAAUGUCAAAACUACAAUGUCAAACAUUCUAGGUUGUAGUUACUUUCAGAGUAGAUGCAGGGUUUUAGAUCAUCACAGUUUAAGUUUUCUGACCAAUUUUAAAAAACGUAGAGAACAAAAGCAUAUUUGACCAAGCAACAGGCUUAUAAUUACUUUUUAUUAGUUGAUUCUUUAAUGAUAUAUUGCCUUUUGGCCAUAUAUACCCUGUGUAUCUAUACUUGGAAGUGUUUAAAGUUGCCAUUGGUUGAAAACAUCAGUGUCUCUGGCCAUCAAAGUGAUCUUGUUUACAGCAGUGCUUUUGUGAAACUAUUAUUUAUUUGCUAAAAGAACUCUUCUGAACUGUGUCCUUUUUAUUUUUGCUUAGAAUAGAAUGGAGCAGGUUUAAAUUUCAAGGAAAUAUGAAGGCACUUGCUUUUUUUUCUAAGAAGGAAGUUGCUAGAUGAUUCCCUCAUCACACUUAAAGUACUGAGAAGAGUAUUUGUAAAUAAAAGGGUUCCAACCUUUUAAAAAAGAAGGAAAAAACUUUUUGGUGCUCCAAAUGCAGGGCUAUCUUUUUUAAAAAUGUCAACAAAGGGAAAAUAAACUAUCAGCUUGGAUGGUCACUUGAAUAGAAGAUGGUUAUACACAGUGUUAUUGUUAAAAUUUUUCUACCUUUUGGUUGGUUUGCAUCUUUUUUCCAUAUUGUUAAUUUUAUACCAAAAUGUUAAAUAUUUGUAUUAUUUGAAUUUUGCUCUUGUAUGACAAAAUAAUUAGUGGGUUUAAAAAAAAAAUCUAUGAUUUCCAAUAAACAACUGAAAAAUUAUCA